GUUUUCAAAACGAAUUCGAACGCUCAAGCGAACGGUUGUGUUUACUCCCAAACAAAGAUAUCAAUAAAAAAAAAAGAAAAACUGAAAACUCAGAGAAAUCGAAACACAAAUUAGCGGACUCAAAAGCAAAAAGUGCAACAAAACAAAAACUUCAAAGAAAACAUUUUUUUGUGGUGCAUCUUCGAAAAAACCGGUUGUUAAAUGCGCGUUGCAAUCGAAAUAAUCGCAAGAGUUAAACAACAAAAACCCUAAAAAUUAAAGCAACGUUGCACAUUUUCUCGAGUGCAGCUCAAACUGUAAGGAAAACAAAGCGAAAAUUGAGGAAAAAUUAAAGAAAACCGAGCCUAAAACUUGACCGAAAAACAAAAUGGCAUUCUCAAUCGUGAGCCGUGGUAUUUUGCGCACUUCAAGAGAAAUUCUGGAACGCAACAUGGCCGCAACUGUCGGCGUUCUGCAGCAGACCGCCUCCCCGCCCCCAAACACGCCCAUUUCGCACAGCGAUUGUCACCGCCUCUUUCUGGCAACUGGUGGCAAUAUGUUGUGUGGACAUGGAGCACAGCACUCACUGCUGUGGCAUCAAAUGCCAACUGCCGUGGUCCAGGCUGUCCGUCAAUAUUCAAAGAAGGCCGGAGCGGCCAAAUUGCGACGUGAGGUGGAAAGUGAUAGCGAUUCCGACUCGGACGAUGAGUUCGAGCGUCGUCGCCAGAAAAUGGAUUCCAAGCGCAGCGAAAGGGGCGACUCAGCCUUCUGGCGCCGCAAAAUGCGCACUCUGCACCGCAUUUUGGACGUUAACCACGAUGGCGUUGUGUCCUUCGACGACUUCAGUUUGCUGGCCAAACGCUUUAGCGAUCUGGGCCAUUUGACCCCAGAGGUCGCUGCCGAGUUCAACGAUGUGAUCAAACAUACUUGGGAAGAGCAGUUUGGGGAGAUAACCCCGUACAAUCUGGUGACUGCCGAGCAGUUUCUCACCGAUCUGCACCAUCGUCUCAACGACAAGAAGAUGGCCAAACGCAUUGGUCGCUUCCUGCCCUACUUGUUUAAGGCUGUGGACUUUGAUCACACUGGCCAUUUGGAUCUCGAACAAUACAAGCUCUUCUUCCGUUGUCUGGGACUGACCGAAGACGAUGCUGCCGUUUCAUUCGCUGUGAUAGACAAGAACGGCGAUGGCCAAUUGUCGCUCAAGGAGUUUGUGCAUUUGGGCCGCCAGUUCUUCUUAACCGAGGACGACUCGAAGAUAUCGAAAAUGUUCUGGGGACCGCUGGUCGCCGAUCAUUGACGGGUUGCAGUCACUGCUGUAGAUUACAAUACAACCAAAUCAACAAUAACCCAACAAAAACCUUACUACAAUCAAGAUUAUCAGAACCAUCAACAGAACAACAACAACGACCGAUGCCAUAACAUCGGCAACAAUAACACCAAUGAGCCAAUGCUAAAUACAUUAAAAACGACAACGAUGUUGGCCAAUAACAAUUACAAUAAGUUAGUGGCCACAUCGUUGCCAACUCGCGUGCAGGCGGCAGGCGGCAGUUGGCUAAAUCUACAGCAUGUGGCGCCGCAUAAAUCGGGACCGAUAAUAAACAUUAGCAACACCACCAACACCACGAUCGUUAUAAGGAACAUGAGCAUUUACGACUAUUUACGGCAACACUUUGCCAGUUCGAAGCGCCAGCGCUCGACCUUUGAACCCCAUCCAUCGGCCAGUACGUAUCCCGCCUCCAAGAUGCGCAAGCACAACUUUAGUAACUACCAAAAGGAAUGGGAAAGGGAAGACCGGCAGAAAGAUUAUUAUUAUUAUAAAAAUAACAAUAAUAAUAAUAAUAAUAAUAAUAAUCAUCGAACGAAGGGCAAACCAUCAUUAGAUGACUAUGAUAUAAGAUUCUUUUUCUACCUUAACUCGCUAAUAUUAUUCACGAUGUCGUGCAGUCGUCAAUCGGCCGCCGAGGGCGAUGACCUCAAGCAUUUCAUUUGCGACCGGAUCCGAAAAUUCGAUCGUCUACGGCGAAAGGCAAGAAAACGCCGCAAGCGAAGGCCCAAAAAGCUGGUCGAGGAUCAAAUGCAACAUUUAUAAACUUGGAAAAGUGUAGCUACAUACUAUAUUCACGGUCACCCUAUUUACCAUAUAAUCGAUUAUUUUUUUGUCUAGUUAAGAGUUACGUUUAACUGAUAUAUUACACAAUACAGCAAGCAUGAUAUAACGGAAUAAAACUGAUUUUUAAAUAUAUACCAUAAA